ACAGUCAGGGUGUGUGUGUAUGCGCGCGCCGGUUGGCUACCGGUAACAAGAGAAUGUGGAGCCGAUUGGCUGCCGGUGGAGCGAGAAGUAGUAGCGGAUUGGCUGGGGGUGCUCUCACGUGACGCAGGCGGGAGGGUGACGGGCGUGUUGUGGUGGAGGGGGUUCAGCUUGUCAGAGUUAGAAGAUAUAACAAGAACAAACGGAAUUGGAAAAGCUGAGCCAAGAACCAGGGCCCAGGUGUUGGAAAAAUAGAUUUGUAGGAAGAUAACAUUUUAAAAAGAUGUGUUGACCAGAAGAAUCCCUCUCUAGUGGUCCUUGAUAAAUUUAGUGCCUUAUAAAAGAUGGGGUUUGGAAAUGACCUGAAGCAUUCUCAUGAAGCUUUGGUAAAACUGCAAGAUUGGGAAUUACGGCUACUAGAAACUGUGAAGAAAUUUAUGGCUAUGAGAAUAAAAAGUGACAAAGAAUACUCAUCCACUUUACAGAAUCUUUGCAAUCAGGUUGAUAAAGAGAGUACUUCACAACUGGAUUAUGUUAGUAAUGUAUCUAAGUCAUGGCUACUCAUUGUGCACCAGACAGAACAGCUUAGCAAGAUCAUGAAAACACACGCAGAAGACCUGAAUGCUGGGCCAUUGCAUAGGCUUACCAUGAUGAUCAAAGAUAAGCAGCAAAUUAAGAAGAGUUACAUAAGUGUUUACCAGCAGAUUGAGGCAGAGAUGUUCAAGGUUACAAAAACAGAAUUGGAAAAAUUAAAAUCUACUUAUAGACAAUUAAUUAAGGAAGUAAAUUCUGCCAAAGAGAAGUUCAAGGAAGCUCUGUCUAAAGGAAAGGAGACUGAAAAAGCCAAAGAACGCUACGAUAAAGCUACUAUGAAACUCCACAUGUUGCACAAUCAAUAUGUGUUGGCGCUGAAAGGAGCACAGUUACACCAGCACCAGUAUUAUGAUGCUACACUUCCUCUGUUCCUUGACUCCUUACAGAAGAUGCAAGAAGAAAUGAUUAAAGCACUAAAAGGAAUCCUUGAAGAAUACAGUCAGAUCACCAGUCUUGUAACUGAAGAAAUAGUAAAUGUUCAUAAAGAGAUCCAGACAUCUGUUGAACAGUUAGACCCUGGUUCAGAGUACAGUAGUUUCAUAGAGGCUCACAGGACACCAGAUGUUGUACAACAAGAAAUAGAGUUUGAUACUACUUUAUUGGAAGAAAAUGAAAAUCUUCAAGCUAAUGAGAUUAUGUGGAAUAAUUUAACAGCUGAAAGCUUGCAGGCUAUGUUGAAAACAGUAGUAGAAGAGCUGAUCCAGACACAGCAGACACUUCUAAACAAGGAGGAGCUAGUAGUGGAAUUAGAAAAAAAGAUAGAAGAAUCCGCCAAGAUCUGUGAAAGAAAAUCCGAUGUUGUGCUUCUCCUAAGCCAGAAGCAGGCACUGGAAGAACUGAAGCAAACAGUCCAGCAAUUGAAGUGUACUGAAGUCAAGUUUGCAGCCCAGAAAGAACUUCUAGAACAAAAAGUGCAAGAAAAUGAUGGGAAAGAACCUCCACCUGUUGUAAAUUAUGAGGAGGAUGCCAGAUCAGUCUCUUCUAUGGAUAAGAAAGAUAAAGUUUCCCGUUUUGACACCAUUCGGCACUCCAUUGCUGGAAUGAUAAGAUCUCCGAAGUCUAUGUUAGGCACUUCGUCGGUAAGUGCACAGUUCUUUGAUGUAAUUUCAACCAGUGAAAAACCUCUGGCAGACCAAGAUUGGUAUCAUGGUGCAAUCCCAAGAAUAGAAGCUCAAGAACUAUUAAAACAGCAAGGAGACUUCUUGGUGCGAGAGAGUCAUGGGAAGCCUGGUGAAUACGUCCUUUCUGUGUUUUCAGAUGGACAGCGGAGACACUUCAUCAUACAGUAUGCUGAUACUCAGUAUCGAUUUGAAGGGACAGGGUUUUCAACUAUUCCUCAGCUUAUAGAACAUCAUUACACAACAAAACAGGUGAUUACAAAGAAAUCAGGUGUUGUUCUGCUGAAUCCUGUUGUUAAGGAUAAGAAAUGGAUUCUCAAUCAUGAAGACGUUACACUGGGAGAAUUACUGGGCAAAGGUAAUUUUGGUGAAGUAUAUAAGGGAACAUUAAAAGAUAAAACUCCUGUUGCUGUAAAAACAUGUAAAGAAGACCUUCCUCAGGAGCUGAAAAUAAAGUUUUUAUCAGAGGCCAGAAUACUCAAACAGUACGACCAUCCGAAUAUUGUAAAGCUUAUAGGAGUUUGCACUCAAAGGCAGCCUAUUUAUAUCGUUAUGGAGCUUGUUCCAGGAGGUGAUUUUCUCUCCUUUUUAAGAAAGAAGAAGGAUGAGCUAAAAACCAAACAACUAGUGAAAUUUUCAUUAGAUGUUGCUGCUGGGAUGGCAUAUCUUGAAUCCAAAAACUGUAUACACAGGGACCUUGCUGCAAGGAACUGCCUUGUAGGGGAAAAUAAUGUUUUGAAAAUCAGUGAUUUUGGAAUGUCUCGUCAAGAAGAUGAUGGAGUGUAUUCAUCUUCAGGUUUAAAGCAGAUUCCCAUCAAAUGGACUGCUCCAGAGGCUUUAAACUACGGGCGAUACACUUCUGAAAGUGAUGUAUGGAGUUAUGGAAUUUUCCUGUGGGAGACCUUCAGUUUAGGUGUAUGUCCUUACCCAGGAAUGACUAACCAGCAAGCACGGGAACAAGUGGAGAAAGGCUAUCGAAUGUCAGCACCUCAGAAGUGCCCAGAAGAAAUCUAUAAGAUAAUGCUACGGUGUUGGGAUUACAAUCCUGAAAUGAGACCGAAAUUCAGCGAAAUUCAGAAAGAACUCUCUGCACUGAAAAAGAAAGUGGCAUCAUGAGAAAUCAGCAGGACUCAAAAUUACAGGACUCUGUUCUCAUUUUCCAGAAAAGUAAUAUUUUCUGUCAUGAACACUACGCUUUUAUACCGCAUUUCUUUCAAUAUUCUUCUAGGACGUUUGUACACAAGUGUGCCACGCUGGAAAAUGUCAAAGAUAUCUAUGUUAAAGAGGGUGCAGGGGAGAGUGCUCUGCCAAAUGCUUUAUAUCCAAUCACAGUGAUGCUGUCAUUUAGGUUAUGUGUAAAUAGUCAACACAACCAUAGUAUGUGUAUAGUUUUAAGAAACUCUGGCUGCUUUUUGUUAGUGAGAGAAACUCCUAAUAAUGUUUUUUCAGCCGUUUCCUCUGCUUUUGAUUCCAGGUUCUCACAGCAGCCGCACUAUGUCAGGUGUUUAUGCACCAUUCCUACAAAUCUUAAAACCGAAGGCACAGCUUUCAGUAUUACCUCAGUUUAAAGGAAUAUACAAUAUAGUGCUCUGAAAACAAACAAAAACACCAGCUAACACAGUCUUGGCUAUGUGUGUAUUCUUAUUCAAAAACAUAAUUGAAAGGUUUGAUUGCAAAAUGAGGAAUGCAUGCGGAUAUUUCUGGCAGAUAUUUCAAGACAAUAAAUAUUCCCAGUUCUUUUUUCCAUUUUUUAAACAAGAUAAAGAGGCACAGUUCACAGGGUAGACUACAUGAGUAGUCUAGCUUUUAUUGGGGGGGAAAUAAAUCCACAUGUGAGCCUUAUGCAUGAUGCAUCUGUCUGAAAAUACUGUGGAUGAUCUGUCUUUCAGAAGGAUGAGCUAUGGCAGUACACAGUUUUUGAACAUGCACAUUCAGAAGUGUUGUCUGCAAGAAACUGGUUUGAGAAUGAGAGUGGUAUGUAAUGAAGGUAACAUUGUUGAAGUAACAUUGAUUUUGGAUGGGGAAGGGGAAGUGAAUUUCCUGAUUGGCCUAUGAAAGAUUUGUGAUUUGAUGUUCCUGUUAGGUGGGCAGCUGGAGCAAAGGGGGAAAAGGUGGGGGAUAUAUUUCAUACACACUUUCCAAAGAGGGAAGGUAUUUUUCAAUAGCAGAAAAAAAUCCUAAUGGGUAAAAAGCUAACAAGGGAAUGUUAACUUCCGUAAAUAGUAUCUGGCACACUGAACAAACUACAAAGUUGAAACAUUAAGCUGUGGGACUUCUCAUAAAAUUCUUCAUUACACUCAGAUUCUGCUGGGUUUAUUCAGUGGACAAUCUGCAUACUCCAAAAUGACAAGUGACUAUGAACAUAUGCCAUCAUUUGGGUGGAGGGGAAGAAGUAUUGAUUGGAUUAUUUCUGAGGUAUGCUGCAAUAGGAUCCUUUCCCAGCUACUGCGUGAGUUGAUGGCAUGAUCCUGACCUCUUGAAUCUAUAGUUGAUGAGUCCUUUUGCAGGGGCUUGAGUUUGUGCUGAAGAGAUAGCAAAAAGAUGGUCGUGGUAUGCCAUCAAGUUGAUUGCUUCCAGCCCAAGGGAAUAAAGGUGAGGAAAUCAAAUAGCAUUUUGAGCCUUGGAACAGCAUUCUUUUGUAUGGUAGGACCAAGAUGUAGGUGAAAUCUUGGACCACUUUACAUGUUAGCUGUUUUGCUGACCCUUCGGGCCAGACACAUUUGCUCUUCUGCUUGUUUUUUUGUGAUAGUACAGAGUGGUGAUGUUGAGCAGGGUAUAGUCUCCUUGUAGUCUAGAGAGAUUGAUGUCAUUAACAUGAUGAUAAAUUUUUGUCAGAAUAAAACAGUGACGCAUCAUAUUGGAGGAAAUGUUCACAUUGUAGAUGAACUAGUUAGCAGUCUAGUACAAAGGGUGUCAGGUGAUUCUUGCCUUAUUACACCAGGACUGGUUCAUGGGUUCAGAAUCUAGUGGAGAAGAGAAAGGGGUUAAUUUAGCAGUGCGUAUGCACUGAUCUCUGUCCAACACAAAUAGGAAAUGUUAGUUGAUUACUGUGACCCUAAGGGGAAUCCAAAACAGUGUGCCUUAAUUCAUUGGCAUUGUUAACUAAAAUGCACAAGGACUGAAUGCUAGCACAUGGGGGAAAACACCACAAAUCGCCCAGGUUUAGAUCUUCAUCUAUGCAUUCACUAAUGUGUAAAUGAAAGGGCAAGAAUGUAUCUUCUUUUAUUCACUGUGUUCUUAUUUUUUUUCGUAAGGCUUAAUAUUUUUAUAUAGGAGAGACUAUACCAUUACUUUAAAGUCAUCUGAAUGUACUUUGUCUUUCAACGAUGAAAAGGACAGCUUUUUCUUAAUUUGAUUAGCAAGACAUUCUGUCCUGUUCUUCUUGUACAGAUGUAAAGGAUAAACAUUAUUUAUAUUUCAUUUACGUAAGCAGUUAUAAUUUGCAAUUCAUGUCAGGCUGCUGCUCAAAUUGAAAAUCCUUUCCCAAACACAAAAUACUGUAUCAGUAACAUUUAGAGUGUGUUCUGUCUUUCCUCUGUCCUAAAAUUAGGGGUCAAUUCAAGAUCACUAGCUUAUGGGAUAUUGUCAAGGUUGGUUCAUUCAUAGAAAAUAAAUCUAGCGUGUUGGCAAUUGUUCUCACAGCACCUUGAGAAUCACUGUUUUAGCAUGCAACUUAGUAAAAUAAAAACUCAUCUAAAACUAUUGGAAUUAUGUAUGUUAGGAAGUUGAAUCCAUUCCAGAUGCAUGUAGACCUGAGCUGCAAAGAUUUGGUCAAGAGAAGGAGGCUAUCUAAUGCAACCCUGCUUGGUAAAUUUAAUUAAUGCUGGGAAAGCUGCAUUCCAAGUUGCUUUCUUAAUGAAGUUAAAACUUUCCAUUAUUAGAAAAAAAGAUUCUUACAGGAUUUAUAUAAUUAGCUUCUUAGAACAAGAUUAGAAGCAUACACACACCCCUGCCUCUUUCUUGGGGAUAUGCAAUAUGAAUUAGAUAUUGUCACUUGUGUUGUUCUGUAGCAGUGAACAUUAAUUGCCUUUGAAAGUGCUGAAAUUGUGGUUAUCUAUUAAGCAAGUUUGCCUACAAGUUAGCAUUUCACAAAGGAAACCAAAAACUUUUGAAAAGAUGCUGCAUGAAAUGCAGUUUGGAACUUGACAAUUUGAGCCUCUUGCCACAGUCACUUUUCAUUUUCAAUAAAUACGAUUUUUUUUAAAGUUUAAAGAGAAAAUUCCAAAUGGAACAAGAAUCAUGAACAAACUGAAAUGCCAUUAUGAGAAUCAAAGGCUUACAUUAUGCUGAAAUGUGCAAUAUUACAAAGUUCUCUGUUUGAAAGCACUAUGUAUGGGAAUCCCUGUCCUCACUCUUACAGUAUCUUUUAGUAACUUUCCAUUGAACAAUAGUCCUUAGAUAUUUGAAACUUUUCAUUUGAAGUGUGAAGUAAUUUAUAUAUUUAGCAAAUGCCGCCUCUUUGUUUUUAUAAAUAGUGAAACAUACUAAGAACAGUGUUGGCAAACAUCAAUGCUUAUGAAAUAAGCCACUGGCUUGUUUGGUUAGAAAACAGCUUUAAGAGAACACUUCAGUUUUAUUGUGGUUUUGUUUUCAUCUGCUAGGUUAUCAACAGACCAUGAUGGCUGGUGACCUUGGUGGCAUAACGCUGGCAAUAAGUUUCAGAAAGAAACUAAUAAAAGCACAGACAGUUAUCAUUGCUGUUUUUAUAUAUGUAAUUAAGCUGCUGGUUAAUUUUUUGAUAGUUCAUUUUGCUCUCCAAAAAUUACCAAGAAGAGGUUUAAUUGGAUUGCAAUGUGGAGGCACUUCAGGGCUUUCGUUAAAGAUACAGCUUUCUUUCUUACUGCUUGUGAUGGCUCUUUCUCACAGCCAGGACGUGUUGCUUUAUUGAACAGUUACACUGAUGCAUUGUUAGGACCAAACUACACAUUAAAUUAAUAGUGUUUUGACUUGUCAUGCUUCUUUCUUUACAAAAAAGCAACCACUGGGGACACUGAUCUCGACUGAGACUAUUGGAGAUAGGUUAACUCUUCUCCCAUCCCCAUAGCAUCUUGGGGGAAAGGGGGUUUAACUUUGUGCCAUGGUCCUGAUCCAAACUGAGGGAGCAUAGCUUUUGGUUUAAGAGAAUCUCAUGACUAGUCCUAAAUGCCCAAUUUUAAUCAUAAAUGUAGCAUUGGUUCUUAGUAUAUUGAUUUCUUAAUUUAAAUGAGAAAACAGGAUUUCCUGGUUCUGCCAUACAACAAUGUGGGCCUUGAAUAACAAAAUCAGAUUGACUAUGAACCACAAUAUUGUAUUCCUUUCAUCAAUUAGAUGAAUAAAGAAGUAUAUCUGUAUCCUAUAUUACCAUGAUUAAUUAAAAUGAGAAAAGAUCCUUUUUGAGCCUAAGAAGGCCAACGGAUCCUGAGGAGCAAAACCAUACUUUAAAGUUUGUCACCUUUUUAGUUUUAGAAAACAAACUUUGUUUGUUCUGAUAGUUCUGGAUUUUCUUUGUGGCUUCAUGUUAACCUUUCUUCUCAGCUCAACUAUAUGCAUGCAGGUCUAUAUCUGUUUUUUUGAAACCUAAGGCUGAAACUGGUUGAACUCUUGCUCACCUGUGGCUCUUUUCUCCCCUCAGAUGUUAAAAUAAUAGAUUUUGAAACACUGAAAAAUGUGCAGAUGGUCAGAGUAUACAUUGCUAAAACUUGCAUCCCUCCUUCCCUUUAUAGCUGGCAACAUGUUAGGCAGCCUUCAUAAGCUAAAGGACUUUUCUUCUCGCAAGAAGAAAAUUAUAAACAAGAAAGAAGUGUAAAGUAAAGGAGGUCUAGAUGACUUGAAACAGGCUUGUAUUUUUGAAACUCAGCAUGUAGCAAUUGAGAGUAGGGUAAGAAUGCAAGAAUUUUUUAAUUUUAUUUUGUUUGGGCAUUUGUUCAGAAAUUUUCAUCUUGGAUCUAAAGUAGUCACUGCAUUAUAUGCAGAAAACUAUUGUCGUGUAGGGACUCAAAGUCUACUUGCUUCAGGUAGCAAUAUCCCGGAUGCCGUUCUUCCUCUCCCAUUUUUUAUGGUGAUAAAAUUAUUGCUUCGCACAUUAUGCAUGUGUAUGUGGCAGAAAGCCACAGCCAAUCCCAGCUCUCCUGUAUAAGUGGAUUUUCAAACUUAUUCCUGUCAUAUGCACGUGGUGAGUUGCAUCCAGGAAGGCAUUUUCCUCUGGAGGAAGGAAGCUUUUAGAUGCCCCUCAUUCCAUUGUGUUCAGCAUGUCUAAACCUGAUACUAUGAUGGAAUAGUUUGUUCCGCUGAUCCAUGUGCUCUUUUUUCAUACAUUUCAUUAAAAUCCUAGGUGCAAAAUCUUUUUCAAUAAUAAUUGAUGUUAACCCAAGACCAUUGUCUCUGUUGUGUCCAGAAUACUAUGGAAUGCUAUGGACAAUAUAAAGUUUUGGUUUGACAUUAACUCCCCAAAUUCUUGGGAUGUGAAGAUCUUGUUGGAGGCACAGCCAAGGGCUUCUGGGCACUCAGUGAGGCUACUUUGCUGUUCAAUUAGACACCCAGGUUGUAUUGCAACAUACUUAGAAACUUUACCCAGUUUGAUAAGUGGUUUGUUCAGCAUGGGAAGCUGCAGGUUGACAAGCACAAGUUCCAUUAAGUGAAUGGAACUAGUAUUGUAAGUGGGGAGUGGGGUUGGCUCCUGGCCUGGCCUGGAUUUCCAAAUACUUCAUUUGCAUAGAUAUAGUAAAGACCCCAGACCUAAAUAUUCUUGAGUGUAAUGGGAAACACAUAAAUACAUUUAGAAUCUGCAUCCAAAAUAAGCUUAGUAGGAAACUGCAUAAAUUGUUGAAAAGACGAGGAGCAGCUCCCCUUCUACACAUUCAGCAGUUAAUACUGAGCUUAUAAAAAUUCCCUUAUGCACAGGAAUUGUUCAAGUAAGGUAACUGAACUUUGGGCCCUUCCAACAUACAGUUUAUGCAGGUUCUAUAGAACAUAAUCAAGUAUCAUUUGACAAGAGGGGAUAAUCUGUGCAAGACAGCUAAAUCAUGUGAGCAAUGCAGAGCUGGCAAGUGGGGCCCAGCUGAACUCUCUUAUAAUUACUGGCAGGUUUGUAUCUUUUGGUGUAAAUUUAGCUCUGAUUGCAAAAUACAGACUGCCUCAUUCUACAGAACUAGGGCAUCAUGUACAUCAAGGGAAGACGGGUCAAAACAAAACACUAGCAAUGCCAUUAACAAUCCAAACCAAGGGGAGCUGUGUAAGAGAAACCACUUUCUAAACCAAGGAAAGGAGGUCAGUACUGCUGCUGUUAGUUUACAGAGGGAAGAGACAUUUUCAAAGCAAGGAAUGUUAAGAACAGUUAAGAAACAUAUCAGAUUAGUUCUCAAAUGUAUCAAGGAAUAACACAGGAAAUUAUUCUUUAAAAAGGAAGGAUUCAUAAAAGUACAGGUGGAAAAGAAAAAUACAGGCUCCUAGCUGUAUAGACAAGCAAGAUAAUAAAGAUGUUCAUGUACAAUAAAUUUGACCCAGGCUUAUGUGACUUUUAAAAUGGUGGGGACCAAAAGCUGGCUGUAUGUUAUCCUGGUGCUGUUCUCGUAGCUGGUCUUUCAGCUCUUCAGUGCUAGGACUGAAUACCGGGAACACUUUAACAAGAUGGCAUCUGCACCAGAUCUUCUUUUGCUGGUGACUCAUGCCAGUACUAUAUAUCUGAGUAGUUUCUCUCUUUGAUGCUGAAGGAAUUGCAGGGUUAAGAAGGGUUCCUCCAUCCCUGAAAGGAUGGUUGAUUUGGCAGCCAUACAAGUGCUACUUUCCCAAUUAGGUUUACUAAUUUUUUUGCUGUUUCCAUGGAGUUGAGUAGGGUCACAGGGGCUCAUUGACAAACCAUAGUAGAAGAAUGUUAGACAUUUUGAGUAGGAUACUGCUAUAGUUUACAGCUUUUUACAUUCAUGUAUUUUGGUGUGGAUUGGGGUAUUUUACUUCUCUUUUUUUAAUUGGUGCCAAUAUAUACACCAGCAGGUUUAA